AUGAUUAAGUUCCAAGUGAAAAUAAUUCUAUGGAUUUUUAUAAUUUCGGCAAGAUUUUUAUGUGGCGCGCAAAUUGAAAACAUAAAUUCCAAUGACCUGCUUGCUUUCGAGGACUUUUUACGCUUCCAGCGCUUAAAGCAUGUUCUUGUCCUGCGGCUCCCACAAGCUGAGGAGCCCAACUGGACGCUGCAAAUUGAAAGCUACAAGCAACUGCUGGCCAACUAUAUGGUGCAGUUUUUUACUCCCAACAUGGCUGCGAAUUUCAAAGAGCAAUUUUACUAUGAGGCUCCACGAACUGCGGUGUUGGUUAAGGCACUCGAAAGCGAUGCUGCAAGGCGUUGGGCGUGUGCUUUCGAAUCAGCCUCUGAGGGGGGUUACUUUAACAAUAGUCAGGCAUGGUUUAUGCUGGGCUCCAGUCAGCCGAAUCGAACAGAUGAGAGCAUCAUUGAAGAGCAUUUGUCUGCAUAUAACAUAAACAUUGAUGCGGAUAUAACAGUGGCAAUGAGAUGGACCCACUGCCUCAACUUCUUGUUGUACGAUGUCUAUAGAGUGGGUCAACAUGCGCCGCUGCAAGUGAAAUCGAAGGGCGAAUGGAGCUUGCCAGGUGGCUAUAAACUUUGGCCAAAAUUCCGCUGUCAUUGGAUGAGGCGGCGUAGCAACUUGAACAACAUCACGCUGAUUGGCAGCACUGCGUUGAUUGAGAAGCCCACGGGCUAUGACGAUUUGAGUUAUCUUAGCAACGAUAGGCAACUCCUUCAGCUGGAUCCGAUGCAGCGGAAAACCUAUCAGCUCUUCAAACUUAUGGAGAGCAUGUUUAAUCUGAGUCUGGAUGUACGUUUCACCGACAAUUGGGGGCAACUGCAGCCAAACGGCAGCUGGUCGGGGGUCAUGGGUCAAAUCACAAGCGGAGAGGCGCACUUUGCCCUCUGCCCCAUACGCUUUGUGCUGGACAGGCAGCGUUAUGUGCAGUUCUCGCCCGUGUUGCAUACACAGCUCAUCCACUUUUUGUUUCGCCAUCCACGACGAAGCAGUAUCCGCAACAUAUUCUUUGAGCCGCUGAGCACGCAAGUCUGGUGGUGCGUCCUAGCAUUGGUGGUGUGCAGCACGUUGCUGUUGCCGUUGCACGUCGACUUGGAGCGACGGCAACACACGUUGCAGCAUCAAUUGCCGGCAGUGGGAGGACACGUGGCAUUCGCUUGGUUCACUAUACUGGAAACAUAUCUGCAACAGGGUCCGGCAUCGGAGCUGUUCCAUCUGCCGUCCACUCGGCUGUUGAUUAGCGCCAGUUGCUUGUUCAGUUUUAUGCUGAUGCAGUUCUAUGGCGCCUUCAUUGUGGGCUCCAUGCUGUCGGAUACACCACGCAGCAUUGUCAGUCUCCAGGCGCUGUACGAGAGCAGUCUGGAGAUUGGCAUGGAGAACAUUUCGUAUAAUUAUGCGCUAUUUACCAAUACUACCAACCAACUGGUGCGAAAUGUCUACAGUCAGCGCAUUUGCCGAGGCCAUGGUCAACAACUUAACAUCCUGGACAUUCAUCAGGGUGCGGAGCGGAUUCGAGAGGGUGGCUUUGCCUUUCACGCGGCCAUCGAUCGCAUGUACCGCCUGCUUAUCGAGUUACUGGACGAGCAGCAGUUCUGUGAGCUUCAGGAGAUCAUGUUUAAUCCACCCUAUGUGUCCGGCUCGGUGCUGCCCAAAAGUUCGCCCUGGCGCGAGCACUUGGCCCAAGCCGUGCUCCAUCUGGGUGAAACCGGUCUUAUGCAGUACAAUGACAGGCUGUGGACGGUGCCAAAGCCAGACUGUACUCUAAUUAAGGCCACUCAGGUGGAGGUGGACCUCAAGCACUUUGCACCCGCUCUCUUCGCACUGCUCUUGGCCAUGUUUGUCAGUUUCGCCGUGUUCCUCGUCGAACUGCUGCUCGGAUGGAUCAAUGUGCAGCGCAAACAAAAACAGAAAGCCAAGUCAGGUGUCUAA